AACUUCACCUUUAGUCCCGUUUAAAUGAGGUAAAGACGCACACAUUUUUGGCACGAAUAGUGCUAAUGGCGAAACUUAGAAGCAAUUGCAAAUUAUGCUUUAGGCCUGCUUCACUCCAGCGCUUGCUUAUCGCACCGACUAUCUUUACUUCAUACAAUUGGCUGUUUUUCUAUUGAAUGAUUAAGAAAAACGAGUCUUUUGAUUACACGAUGCAUCUUUGCAAAACAAUACUCUAGUCGAUUGUACCGAAAACUGUCAUUUGCGUUUCUGUUGGAGUGAUACGAUCAGUGGAAACCAUGCCAUCUGUACGUUUGCUCAUUGCGAAGACAGCGAGGGAUUCACAAAACAAGCAGAACGUCAACACGGUAAUGAAAAAAAGAAAUUUCGACCGGAUGCAUCUGGUAGACCUGCCCGCUGACAUUUGCCCAGGAGGGGUAGAAUUGCGCCCUUUAGAUGCAACUAGCAGCCGAUUGGUAAGCUGCAGUAUUUGUAGAGGUCACUCGGCAAAUGCAUUUUUGGCCUCAUGUGGCCACUCUUUUUGCUCUCACUGUGCAACUCUACGCCCAACCGAGCCAACGGAACCUAGCGCCGACCCAGCCACGCGCAGGAUUUGUCAGAUUUGGUGUCAUCCCUGCAAAGAAAGAAAAGAUGCCGAACGCAUACAAGUUACGCUAAUCCUAGAUAACAUGAGGUUCGCCUGUACAUGUGGAUUUGAAGGAAAACUGCGCGAAAUUAAGAAUCACUUUUGGCGAAAUCCGGAGGACGGAGGCCACCGGGAAGGAGUUGAAGACCUUGAGCACGAGACCGAGGACCUUCAAAAUAUUGACAGAAAUGCUGCGAUCGACCAGCUUCGUGAGCAGAACGAGAAAAUUUUAGGGGAACUUCAGGAUUUACGCCUUAAAGUAGAAAGUCGGCUUGAUACGCGACUCGGCGGCAAGCAGUAUAUUUCAAUUCACAUUAAGGACUUAAUCGAGCAGCAUCGGGAAAAACGUGACGAGGUGUGGAGCCCGCUUUACCGAUGGUGGGGUGAUGGCUACCCUUGUGCAACACAAAUUCACAUAGACGUGGUGAAAAAUUCUUCUUGGUUAGGUGUUUACCAUCAGACCUUUCUAGAGGCCGCCACACACCCUUGGCCAAUGAAGAAGCGAAUUCGAUUUGAACUGUUGAAUUCAAAGGGUGGUGUAGUGAAAACCUACGAAGCUCCACUUUUUGUGAAUGGAAAGUCUAUUUCAAGGUGUUUUGCGGCACCUCUUAAGGAUGGUGGAUAUGGGCUAAGCAAAGUAAUUAAAGUGGAUAAACUGCAGCAACAUGGCGAUAUUGUCUCGGAGGAUGGCAUCCUGUCAUUGACGGUUGAAGCAGUAUCCCUUUAGUAUAUUCACAUAUCCUGCAACGGAUGCAACCAUUUAACAACAGCUGUUUAGAUUCGAGGUUUCUAUCGUAGUAACUGUAAUCACAUGACGUCACAAAAUCACUUUUUGCGUACGUUUGCUCGCAGCAUUCUGUGAUUCACAGCAAGUAUGGAUACUGUCAGUGCUACUACCAUUCAGCAAAGUCAACAUAAUGCACAAAUGGAAAUCUUUCUAGAACGAUGCUUAUAUAUGGCAGCAAGCAAAUACAGUAUGUGCUCUUUUUGUAGAUUUGUUCUGAUUGUUGAAUUCUAAGCUAAAUUCUAUGUGCAGUUUUUCUCAUGAGAGCACCAGCAAGCGAACAUGUGCGAGACAGCUAUUAUAACAUUAACGACAAUCUAACAUCGUAAUCCACGUUGCCAUCUGCGAGCGAAUAGGAUAUGCUAUUGUUUAAAAUUACGGCUUGCCCA